AUGCAGAGCACGACUUCCAUCGAUCUGCAGCUGUUCUGGCAACUUUCUUCCAACAAUGAGAGCGAAAGAACGAGCUCGUCAUUUGUUCUGUGUAAAGAUUUGAUCAAAUGUCAGAAAGACUUUACCGCAGCGAACAAGACAGGCCAGAAGGGCAAGCUGGAAGAGAUGAUGUGCAGCGAUCUGAGCUACACUGUGAAGCGACUUUUGCGGGGCAUGGCUUCGUCAAGAGACGGGUCGAGACACGGGUUCUCCAUGACGUUCAGUGUGCUGUUGAAGGCGUUCAGCUUCAUUGAUGGUAACGAGAUUUUUGACAUGAUGUUGGACCUGCUGAAGGUCAAGGGCGUGACCAGUCAAGAGGAGAAGGAGUCGAACUUUGGUAGGCUCUUCGGAUGUUUUGCUAUCAUCAGGUCAAGGUUUGCUGGGCAGAAGGUGGAGAUUGAUGGGGAGGCGUUGGAGGACUCCCUUUUCUGGAAGUUGAUGAGCGAGUUGAGGAGACUGUCUAAGACGAAGUUCUACAUGGAAGAGAGCUGUACAUCAGCGAUGCUCACGCUCAUGUCGUCGGUGAAGGGUGACGCUUUUCAGAAGCAUGUGGCUGGCAGGAUGCGGGAGUGGCUCAAGGAGGUGGAGGUGGAGGAGAUGACACCCAGUGAUCUCGAGCUGCACCUUGCGAUCGAGUGGUACGGCAAGUCUGACAGGAAGAAGCUGCUGAGCUCGGACAUGGUCAGCAAGAUGUGCGAGCCGCUCAAGAACAGCGCUACGUCCCAUCCUCGCGUCCAUGGCGUCUGGUUGCUGAUCUUUGAGAUGCUGGGGCUACAGACCGGCCGGAACGUGUUUGGGGAGACUGUAGGAAGGAAGGACAGUGAGGAGAUCGAGCAGAGCAGCCGGCAGGCGCUGGAGAGGCUGUGGCAGACAGUGGUCGAUGAAGGCUUGAUGCUGUCGGGGCACGAGAGGAGGUUCUUGGGGCUGUCGUUGUGUGAGAUGCUGGUGAAGGAGCUGCCCAGCAAGGAGUCGAAGAUCGUCCUGUCGCCCAACGUGAUGAGCUGCCUCGUCAACAACGCGGGGAGGAAGGGAACGCUGCUGAGAGACGUGUCGCUCAAGCUUGUUAACGCCAUCAUAGCGCGAGCCAAGACCAGCCCAGUCUUCUCCGAGAGCCUCCUGCAGGUUUUCGUCGCCCGCCAUCGUGAUUUUGACAAGAUGACCAAGACGAGGACGAUGGGGACGCUGGUGGAGAACUUGGACGCCAACAGCGCCAUGGGUCACCUGCAUCGUCUGCUCUCCAUCUUCAUGGACAAGACUGGUGAGUCGCAAGCCAACGAGCGAGGUUCCCCCAAGAUAUGGGCGCUUGACAACAUCCUCUCCCUCAUCUCCCGGUCCUCCGACAAGUUCCCUCAGCCCGUCUUGCAGUACCUCCUCCUCUGGACCAUGACCAUGGCCUUCUUCACGCGUGAAGACGCCAAGGGCAAGCAGAAGAUCGCGGAUGCUCCUGCCUGUGACUUCGUCAAGUCAAAGUUUCUCAGCUUCGUUGAAGAACUUUCGCACCAUCGGCAAGCUGACAAGGACGAGGCCAUGGAGGUGGAAACGAGCGGAGGAGUCGAAAAGAUCUCCAAACUCCUCAAGACUGACCUUCAGCCAGUGCUAGAUGUCGUCAACAAAGACGAUCUGGACGGCAAGCUCAAGCACGCCAAAGUUUUCUGGCUGCUGCAGGCCAACCUGAUGGCCGACGCGCUCGAGAAGGAAUCAUGGCAGCCGAACAUCGCCACCCUUCCCGAGGUGAAGAAAGUGCUCAAGGAUACCUGGAAAGACGUCAAAACCAUGACGUCUCAUCUGAAUCGUCAGGAUAUUUCCAGCAAGGCUCGCAUUCAAAUCGAGUCCUUGCUCGAGCUCUUUCUCACCAGUCGCCUGGAAUUUCUUUCAGACUUCUCUCAGACUUCUGACGUUCUUGUUGAGCUCCAACAAUGUUACAAGAAGAUCGCAAAAGUUCUUGGGCUGGAAAAGCCCCCGAAAGGAAAGAAGGAAGCAGCUAAGGAGGAGGAGGAGGAGGAGGAGGUGAUGACAGUCUUCGUGGAGCUCCUCCUCUCUCUCCUGGCACGACCGUCUGCUGCUCUUCGCUCGGUCGUCAAGAGAAACUUCCGUGCCUUCUGCGACUUUCUCACCCCCGGGGCUGUUGGCGUGUUGACCACCGUCCUCUCUCAGUCCGACAAGGAUUUGUUCAAUGAAGAAGCAGAAGAGGAGGAGGAGGAGGAGGAGGAGGACGAUGACGAUGACGACGACGACGACGAGGACGAUGAAGAUGAAGAUGAAGAUGAGGAUGACGACGAAGAUGAAGAUGAGGAUGACGACGAAGAUGAAGAUAAGGAGCCGAAAGCUUCAGCAGCAGACGUUCGAAAGGUGAAUGUGGAGGAGGAUGACGAUGAUGAGGAGUGGGACGAUGAGAAGAUGUUUGCCAUGGACAAGCUGAUAGCCGAGGCGUUCAAGAGCAAGCAGGAGGAGAGGAGGCUCGCCAAGCAGAGCAGCAGCAUGUCGCUGAUCCUCAAGCUCCGCACCCUUGAGCUUGUUGAGAUCUUUCUCUCGCGCUCUCCCUCCUCUCCUCUCGUCCUCGACCUCCUCGAGCCUCUCCUCGCCCUCGCCGUCAGCGGAGGGUCAGACGGUAGCGCAGGAGGAGAGUCGAGGGAGCAGCGGGUGGAUUUCUUCGCCAAGGCUUCGAUCGUGUACGCGGAGAGGCUGUGCAAGCUCAAGACUGUACCGCAGCUGAGCAGCGAGGAGGAGGAGGAGAAGGUUGCUUCUUCCCUGAAGAUGCUCUUCGCUCGGAUGGGGGCCCCGCACCAGGGGGAGCUAGUCGCUGCCGGCCUCUUCUUCCUCCUCCGCGUCAUCUCGGCCAACAGAAGUCGCGAGGGGCUGGUGGAGGAGGCGACGAAGCAGCUGCGUGAGAGUCUCCUGCUGUGGACCUCUAAGAAGCACUCGAGUAUCCGCCCGCUUGUCUUCCAGCAGCUCGUCCAGCGUCACCCCUGGCUCGGCUGGCGCGUUGCCGAGUCGCUCGCGUCCUCCCUGCCCUCGAGCAAGUCGGACUUCCUCGCCGGCGCCUGCAUGGACAUCCUCCUCUCCCUCCUGCGCGACCAGCAGGCCAUGACCAAGGAGGAGAAUCUGCCGCAUGCUCGAGCUCUCUUCGCUUCUCUCCCUGCCCUGCUGGCUGCAGCUGUUGGCGACAACCUGGAGGAGGAGGGAGGGAAGAAGAAGUCUCGCCUCCUCUCCUCUGCCCUCGCCCUCUCCACCCGCCUCGUGCAGGCGGCAGGCAAGUUGCCUGAGCUGAAGCUUGAGCUCGCGCCCCUCCGGUCCCUCGCUGAGAAGAUCUCGACGAGCAAGAGCAGCAGCAGCUCCAAGGCGAUCAAGGACUCGACCAAACGGCUGGUGGCGUUGAUGGAUGCCAAGGAGCCCAAGGAGAAGAAGCGAGGAAGCGACUCGGCAGCAGCGACGCCGAGAAAGAAGUCGAAGAAGUGA